CCCGAGACAAUCGACAGGCUCUACACUGACGAGAGUGCUGACAAAUUAUACAUUGGCAAAGAAAAAUCGGGAGGAGAUUUGGUUGGCCAUCACUAUUCAACGGAGAAGAGAGCACGGUAUCCCGAGUUACAACCAAUUUCGUGAAUAUUGCGGAAUGAAGAAAGAGCAGUCGUUCGACGAACUAAUCACCGAGUUUCUUCAAAAGGAUAUCGAUAUUCUUAUGAAAGCGUACACAUCCGUGGACGAUAUUGACCUCUACAUUGGCUGUUUGUUUGAAAAGCCUUUGGGGUCCGAGUCCGGUGCUUUAAUGGGACCGACAGCUAUUUGCAUCACAGCUUAUCAGUUCCAGAGAACCAAAAACGGCGAUCGCUUCUUCUACGAUAUCGCAAAUCAACCCAACUCUUUUACCCCAGACCAACUCGAUCAGAUCCGCCGGUCGAGUUGGGCUCGACUUAUUUGUAACAAUAACGACGGAACUAUGACCACCAUGCAGCCGCUCGUCAUGAGAGUUCCAACGGGAACGAACGAAAGGAUUCACUGCAGCGCAAUACCGUCGAUGGACUUGACUCCCUGGGAAGAAACUUCUUUGCCCAAAUUUUUCCCUGAUGUUUUUCACACACCUGCUGACACUUUGCUGCUUGUCUAGAAAUCGUCGACCAGAUUCAUUCGAAGCUCAAUGAAGCUUCACUGCUAGUUUUCGUGGAUCUAGAAAGACAAUUAUGAAGCUUAAGAACAAUAUAAGAUUACGUGGUGGUGACUUCUGUUUGGUUGUCCUUAUGUUACUAAUAUUAACGUCAACUUCAUCUAAAGUCUAAUAAUGUAUUGCAAUACACAAGCUAUACGUAUACGCAACUUCAAAUUGAAACAUCUUAAAAA